UGUAGGAACGCUGGCCAUCUUCAGAAGAUUCUGGACCUGAACCUAAGGAACCUGAACAGUUAAGGAAGCUGUUUAUUGGUGGCCUGAGUUUUGAGACAACAGAUGACAGCCUAAGGGAACACUUUGAACAAUGGGGAAAGCUAACAGACUGUGUAGUUAUGAGAGAUCCACAAACAAAACGCUCCAGGGGCUUUGGCUUUGUGACAUAUUCCUGUGUGGAAGAGGUUGAUGCUGCAAUGUCUGCUCGUCCACAUAAAGUUGAUGGUCGUGUUGUUGAGCCUAAAAGAGCAGUUUCCAGAGAGGAUUCGGUCAAGCCUGGUGCUCAUCUUACUGUGAAAAAAAUAUUUGUUGGUGGCAUUAAAGAAGACACAGAAGAAUACCAUUUGAGAGACUAUUUUGAGAACUAUGGCAAGAUUGAAACCAUUGAGGUGAUGGAAGAUCGUCAGUCUGGAAAGAAAAGGGGAUUUGCUUUUGUCACUUUUGAUGAUCAUGACACAGUCGAUAAAAUUGUUGUUCAGAAAUAUCACACAAUCAACAAUCAUAACUGUGAGGUUAAAAAAGCCCUGUCUAAGCAAGAGAUGCAAACCGCCACCACCCAAAGAGGACGUGGAGGAGGUGGAAGCAACUUCGUGGGUAGAGGAGGAAAUUAUGGAAGCAGUGGAGGAAGCUUUGGAAGAGGUGGCAGCGGUGGUGGUGGUGGUGGUGGUGGCAGCAGCUUUGGUGGCUAUGGUGGUAGUAGAGGUGGCUAUGGUGGAGGAGAUGGAUACAAUGGCUUUGGCGGAGAUGGGCCUGGCAACUAUGGUGGUGGCCCCGGUUAUGGUGGCAGGGGUUAUGGAAGUAGCCCAGGUUAUGGAAACCAAGGUGGCGGAUAUGGCAGCAGUAGUGGUGGUGGAUAUGAUGGCUACAGCGAAGGAGGAGGAACUUUGGUGGUAAGUAACUUUUAUCCUGGGAGCUACAAUGACUUUGGAAAUUAUGGGGGUCAACAGCAGUCCAAUUAUGGACCCAUGAAGGGAGGUGGCAGCUUCAGUGGAAGGAGCUCUGGAAGUGGAGGCGGCCCCUAUGGUGGUGGUUAUGGAUCUGGUGGUGGUGGAGGAGGUGGUGGUGGCGGCGGCGGCUAUGGAAGCAGAAGGUUUUGA